UGUUAUAUAAGGCAAGAAAUUUUGUUAUUUUAUCAGUUUACAAAGUGUUUGCCACUGAAGGUAUUAUUUUGCAAACGAAUAAUGAAACCACGUGUCUUAGUCACUACUAACACUGUACCAUCAGCUGCUAUAAAUCUUUUGCGUACAAAAUGUGAUGUUACAAUUAUUCAAAAACUUGUAAGUGAUCGUGAAGAAGUAUUGCAAGCACUUCCAGAUCAUGAUGCACUUUUUCUUAGUGGUCAUAUCAAUGUGAAUAGUGACUUUCUUGAUAAAGCAGGAUCGUCCUUAAAAGUUGUCUCAACGAUGUCAGCGGGUUAUGAUCAUUUAGAUGUUCCCGAAAUUAAAAGAAGAGGUAUUAAAGUUGGACAUACUCCUAUAGUUUUAUCAGCUGCCGUUGCCGAAAUGGCAGUACUUUUAUUAUUAAAUGCAGCAAGACGAAUUCAUGAAGGACGUCUAAAACUUGAACACGGUAAAGUAGAAACACAUGCACAAUGGUUACUUGGUCAAGACUUAAGAGGAUCGACAGUUGGCAUUGUUGGUUUGGGCAAUAUUGGUCAAGCUAUUGUUAAACGAUUGAAAGGAUUCGAUGUAGGUCAUUUCAUUUAUACUGGUCAUUCUCGUAAAAAAGCAGGAGAUGAGCUCGGAGCUGAUUUCGUAUCUCUUGAUGAACUUCUUGCACAAAGUGAUUUCGUAAUUGUUGCCACUCCAUUAAAUAAUGAAACUAGGGGAUUAUUUGAUGAUAAUACUUUCAAUAAAAUGAAGAAAAAUGCAGUGUUUGUUAACAUUGCUCGUGGACAAAUUGUAAAAACAGAUGCCUUGAUUAAAGCAUUGCGUAAUAAAACAAUUUUUGCGGCCGGCCUUGAUGUUACAGAUCCAGAACCAUUGCCACCAGAUCAUGAACUUCUUCAACUUCCUAAUGCUAUUAUUGUACCUCAUAUGGGCAGUGCUACUGUGAAGACAAGAAUUGAUAUGUCUCUUACUGCAGCACAAAACAUUCUCAAUGGAUUAGAGGAUAAGCCAUUGGUAUAUGAAUUAUAACUAAUAUGUUCUCUUGAACAUAUGUGAAAUAUAAAUUUUUAUUUCACAA